AAAAAGAGAAAGAACUAAAACGCAAUAACAAAACAAUAUUUUAACUAAAUAAGAAAAGCAAUAACAAUAAAAAGGGCAUGUACACGCAUUGUUAAAAUAUUUUAGUUUGUAAAAUAAAUUUUCAAUUUAAAUUAUUUGUUGUAUUCACAUAUUUUCUAAAGGCAUAUUAGCCCUAAAGUAAAUCGUCAGAUUAAUAAAUUAAUUUCAACAAAUUCUGAAAGUACUCAUUGUUAAAGGAGGAAGUGCAACGAACAAACUCAAAAAAUGUGGAAAAUUUGUACAUUAUUCAUCUCAUGAAGCUAACGAAAAACUGAACUUCGCCUUCCAACCGCACAUAUAUCAAGCAUUGUUGAACGCUUGAUAUAUGAAUAAUUUUUUAAUAUGUUUAACCCACAAUUUUUGCUUUAAGAAUCUUGUGUUGCAAUAUUAUUAUUUGCUUUAUAGUUAAAGCGCAUAACAUUAAAAGGUAAACUCUGUACCAACUAUGGAUCCACAAAAAAUAACAGAGCUUGCAAAUUUAUUAAGAAACAACGGAGACAAAAUAUUAAAUUCAGAAUUUAAGCUAACACUAUCAGGCUCACUACUACGCGCUUUAAAUGAUUCCUUCACACUUAUAGCGGAUACUGUGGAUGUUGGAGAUUCACAUACAUUUCAGGUAGCGAAGCCAAUCAAUUCAAAAUCACCAGUUUUCCGCGAUCUGCAACUGAUACACGAUUUUGUCCAAAAGACUGGAUUGCUUUGCAUUAUACAUUACCCUACCGAAGAGUAUUUCGAGGGUACCAUCGACAUAAGUAAGUUUCAUAUGCUAAAGCGACUUGAGGUACAAAAAACAAAUGUGCUUCAAAUAAUCGGAAUACAACCAUUACGUUCUCAACUGGAAGAAUUAAUCUGUAUUAAAAGUUUAAAUUGUAUUGAUGAGAUAAUAACAAAUUGUGGUGGUGAUAAUUCCAAUGGAUUCGUUUGGAAUGAACUUAGAAUGGCUGACUUUAGUUAUAAUAAUUUACAAAAAGUUGAUACUUCCCUGGAAUUUGCUCAGUAUCUACAGCACUUAAAUUUACGUCACAAUAAUCUACAAAGUGUCGAUGCUAUUAAGUGGUUACCAAAUUUGAAAAUUCUUGAUUUAAGUUUUAAUCGUUUGAUAGGUGUGCCACAACUUCAUGCGGAAGCAUAUAAGCGUCUUCAAGUGCUUAAUAUGAGUAACAAUUUAGUUGAAGAUCUUUUGGGUAUAGCCAAAUUGAGUGCUCUAACUGAUUUAGAUUUAUCGGAUAACUGUUUACUAGAACACACAUACCUUUUACCCUUAAGUACCUUAAUAACUUUAAAAAUUUUAAAUCUAUAUGGAAAUCCAUUACACUGUCAUCCGAAACAUCGUCUCGCAACAGCACAAUUUCUACACAAAAAUUGCGCGAAUAUGAAAUUCAUACUAGACUUUGAGCCGCUUUCCAAAAGAGAAAAUUCAAUCACUGGGACCCACCAAAUGCGACAUGGGUCAACUUUGAAUCGAUAUUCGACGAAAUCAGCAAGUCCCGCAAUAAGUUCACGUGCCACGCCAUCUUCACACACACCUGCUUCAAGUUUUGGCUCCGUACGUUCAUUUUCCUUGCUAAAUUCUAAUACUGAUACGGAAUCCUCUAUAAAUGUUGAUCAGAAUACAAAAAAGCGUACAAUAAAAAUACGCACUGUAAAUUUUGAUGAAGAGUCCACCGUUGAUAAUAUCAAAAACGUACAAUCUGAAAACUCUUCUAUAAGUGAGGAGCCAAACAACACAAGCACAGCAUAUUUGGAAGCAAAGGAACAAAUUAAUAUACUGCGUGAAAAGUAUGGUGCUGAAUGGUUGCAAGCAGGAAACGCUGAAAUGAUAAACAGCGUUUUGGGUAUUGAAACAGAUGAUGAUUUGGAAGCACAGGAUUCACAAAACAUGUUUAAAGAAUUUUUAGGUGAACUAUCAGAAACAAGUGAUAUUGGAACAACCGAUAAAACAUCAACGCCUAUAAAUUCUAGUCUCCAAGCAAUAAAUAUUGCAUCAAAUUUAAAUAAUGAUUUAGAAUCUUCUAAGGACAAUGAUACUACACUCUAUAUGAGUGCAGAAACUACCGUCGAGAAUUUGGGAAAUAUAACAACUGAAACAUCACCAUUUCAUAAAUCAUUACAUGAAUCUAAUGCACAAAUCACUACACAUAUUGUUGAGGAAUCCUUAAAUGCUGAUGAUACUUGUUUAGAAGAAAGCUAUAAAGACCGAUAUUUGAAAAACGUAUAUACAGCAUGCGGUGAUAGUGAACCUGAAGUUUCUGAACCAGAAGACGAUGAAGAAACUUACAUUGUAUAUGGUUCAAAUCAAUCUAAAGCAAUUUUCUUAACAAUAUCUUCAAACUUUCUACGUGAAAAAGAUACACUAUCUCAAAGGACUAGAACAAAAUGGAGCUUGAAAAUUUUAGAAUCAUGUGAGCGUGUGAAAUCAAACACUCUAAGAAUACAUUUUGAUACAGUAAAAGUUGAUAAACAGUCACGAAUAUAUACAGUGGAAGAUGAUUUAUGUAAGGAACUGGAAAAGAAAUUAAGAAAUAUACUCUCCCAACGUGAUCUCACUGAAAUGAAUCAAACUCUAUACCACUGCGUUAAUUGUUCGUGUCAAUUUUCACAUGAAAAUAGGAACCUCAGUACAAAUAAUCAAGAUGUACGUUGUCCCGACUGCAAAAGCAAAUUUGUUGCUGAACUACAUGAACUGCCAAAGUCUUAUGAAAAAAAAAAUCAAGAUGAUAACAACAUAUCACCAGCGUCCACUGCUGGAGAGUCACCCGUAAUGACAGCACCAAAACCUUUUGAGAAAAGUCUUUUGCAGCAUACUGAGGAGACGAAUAGUAUAGGUAAAGGACCAUCAAGGCUUAUUGCUCAUAGUGCACAGAAAAGUAGGAGUUUGAUGCAAUCCUUAAAAAGCUCUGCCAAUUCAUUAAAUGAGUCAUCGUCGUGCUCCAAAAUCACAAACUCUCAAAGCUCCUUCGAUACCAAUCAAUCCGUUGUUGGAAGCUCCAACACUGACAGAGAAAAUGAUUUUAAAUCAAACUGUGAAAGCGAUGUAGAUAUAAUAUCUAAUCCAAGUCAGUCAAGUAUAGAAGUUUUGGAUCAAGCAAACAACGCUAGUCGUAAAUCAUCUGAAGAGCGUCGUUUGCUACAAAUACCAAUUCUUGAAACAAUUGAUGACAGUCAUAAGGAAAAUGAAUCAAUACAAAAUGUGGAUGCUGGAAAUAAAAAUAUAGAAUGUAAUGAUGAGAAAUCACAACCAUCAACGAAAUUAAAGUCAAAAUCACCAGUCACUGGCCAUUUAGGACAUUUCAAUUUGACUGAAAGUAGUUCGUCGGGAUCUGUAACAGAUAGUGUAUGCACUGCAUAUGAACAACAGCAGCAAUUAGUUGACAAAACUAUUGCAACAGAUCUUUCAACACAAAAUAGUCCAAAAAAAACUUCAAUACAAAAUUUUUUAUCUGAAGAAAGUGGACAACAUGCACCGACCAAUAUUAGUAAAUACAAUAACAAUAAUAAUAAUGAAAAGGUUAACGAAACGAAUGGUACUUCCAAAAAAGAAGAAUCCGGCAUAUCGUCUAUGUUUGGUGCCCUCUUCCAAUCAACCAACAUACUCAUGUCAAGUUCUAAAAAAUUAAUAGACAUCGAAGCUACUUCGAAUAUACAAUCUGGUGCAGUUGAAACCCCACCAAGCCCGACAAGACCGUUUAAAUUUAAUUACACAGAUUUCAAUGAUGUGGACCAUCGGUUGAAAUUGUAUUUUUAUCAAACAAAAUUCGAAGCAAGUGGUGAACAUUUCAAGUGGCUAGCACGUGGACGUAUAUAUAAUGAAAAUACCCAUACAUUAUUUGAUGGUUUAGUAGUUAUGACAACGAUAAAGUGUUAUGUGAUGGAAGCAUUUGCAGCGGAAAAUGAUGACGUGUCUAAAUGGCUGAGACAAGUGUUGAGUGCAACUGUCGAUCGCUUAGAAAGCAUACAACUACUGCCAUGGAAGAUUGGUUUAUCAUUUCGCAUACGAGAUUUUGGUGGAUUUCUGCUAUUAUUACAGGACAUACAACGCAUAGACAGUUUACUAUUGUGUUUUCAAAAUAACGCUUUACCAACACAAUGUGAACUAAAAUAUCCAACAGCAGACGAGAUUACGAAUCGUCUUAAUGUUGCUGUAAGGGGUGAGAAACUGAAAAUGUGCUCCAUAUUGAAUUCUUGUGAAGUUACCAUGGAUAAAGCUAAACGUAGCUUCAAUACCUGUACACUUCUGACCACUGACACAACACUUUAUAUCACAUCAGAAAAUUUUGGUUGGCUAUCACUGCAGACGAAUAGUGGCGAUUUUGACGAUUUCGAUGUCAAAAUAUGUAUUUCACAAUUUAUGAGCAACUUGGUGGACAUAGAGUAUCAUGGUGAAAAUGUUUUUUCUAUUAAUUUUCUAGACGAAACACAAAACAAGUGCGAAUUGUGGACAUGUAAAUUUGAAACAAAAGAAAAUGCUGAAUUUUGUAUGGCUGCGAUAGGACAAUCGUGGGAAUUGCUUUUUGGUGUGCCAUUGUUUUGUGGAUGAAAUGAGAAAUAUAUGUAAAGUGUCGUAAGAAGAUAUACUAAUACACUAAAAUUAAUGCUAUAUAAGUUAUUUUAAUAGAUUGUACAUAAUGUGGAAAACAUAUGAUAGAAAUUGAAGCUUUAAGCAUAUAUUUAAAAAGAAAAAGCAAACAAUCACUUUGCUUAUAUAUAAGAAAAAUAAAAUAGAUAGAAUUUUAAUACGAAAUCCAAAGUCUGUGAACAAUAGGUAAACUAUUUGCUAAAUUUCAAUAAUCGAUACUUUAAUAUUUUGACUAAAU